UACUAAUUUGCAUUUUAUUAUUCGAUUCUAUCGAGUAGCUCUUCAAGUUCCCAUUUGAUUCGUUCUGGCUAUUACUACUAUUAGUGUUACUUGAAGAAAUUAGUUGUAUAUUGCCAGGCCCUCCGGAUCCUACUAUUACCCUUAUUCGAAACUAACAAUUGAAACUCGACAUCAUCAUGGAGCCAGAAAAGGCAGAUAAAGAAGGGAACUCUCUUCAAGUCACUGACGUCGACGCGGCACUCGAAUAUCUCAACCGCGAGGGUGCAACUGUGAUGACGGAAAUCAACGAGAAGGCGCUUGUCAGAAAGAUUGAUAUGAUGGUUAUACCUCUCAUGUGGGCUUGCUAUAAUCUUCAAUACCUCGAUAAAACACUGAUCAGCUACGCCAAUGUCAUGGGGCUUCAAGAGGAUACAUCUAUUACGGGAAAUCAAUUUUCUCUGUUGGCUACACUAUUCUACAUAACCUAUCUGGCAUUUGAGUUCCCAACGGGUUAUCUCAUGCAAAGGCUACCAACCGCAAAAUAUCUCGGUGCAAAUGUCAUCCUUUGGGGAUCGGUCGUCACGUUGAAUUCUGCUGCGAAAAAUUGGGCCGCUCUAGCAGCUCUCAGGACAUUGUUAGGUUGCUUCGAGUCAGCAGUAGCUCCGUCACUCAUUCUGGUAACUAGUAUGUGGUAUAAGCGAUCUGAACAGCCUGCCCGCCUCGGUUUUUGGUACGUGGGAACGGGAACAGGGUCGAUCAUUGGAGCCCUCACAUCAUUCGGAUUUCAGCAUUACCAUUCAGAAGUGUUCACGUCAUGGCAAAUCAUGUUUCUCCUCUUCGGUCUUAUCACCGUCGCCGUCGGAAUCCUGACCAUGAUAUUUCUUCCCGAUAACCCAAUGAAGUCUCGACUCACUCGCGAGGAGAAAAUAUGGGCGAUAGAGCGGCUCCGCGAGAACCAGACUGGAAUCGAGAACAAACACUUCAAGAUAUAUCAGGCGUGGGACUGUUUUACCGAUCCUCAAACUUGGCUCAUCGUUCUCAUCACUAUCACAUCGAAUAUACCGAAUGGCGCUGUUAGUAGUUAUCAGGCCACUAUCAUUAAAGGCUUCGGUUACACAUCCAAGCAGACUGCCUUAUUACAGAUCCCAUCUGGCGUACUGGCUUGCAUAUCCGUCAUCGGGGCGGGCGUAAGCUCUGCAAAAUUCAAUGCUCGCGGACCAAUUAUCAUAACUCUCCUACUCAUAGGAGGUAUUCUUGGAGGCAGUCUUUUGGCUUUCUCAAAUACAACAAAUAAGAGCGCACUAUUGGCGGGGAACUAUUUAACCAAUGUCAUAGGCGCAAGUCUUCCACUCAUCUACUCAUAUUCGGCGGCUAACUACGCCGGCCAUACGAAGAAGGUCACGAUGAACGCGGUGUUGCUCAUUUCCUUUUGUUUGGGAAAUAUCAUUGGGCCACUCACUUUCCGCGACGCGGACAAGCCCCGAUAUCUCCCAGCCAAGGUUGUUAUCGUGGCUUCGACGGCCGUAUCCAUAGUCACGACCGCUGUUCUCAUGACGUACUACGCUUGGGAGAAUAGGAGGCGCGACCGAAAGUACUCAGGCCUUUCGCAUAACGAAAAUAGUGAAUUUUUCGAUCUAACGGACCGCGAGAAUAAAGAAUUCCGGGUAAGUGGCAUAAACUUCUAUGUAGGCAAAUUACGUACUAACCUAUGAAGUAUCGCUGGUAGUUUCAAAGACAAUAGCGCGCAAGGGACUUGUAACCUAUAGCAAAUCAGACGUAAAUGAGAAGAUUUUCAAUAAAUUUACAUUAUGAGAGACGUGAAAUGAAC